UGAUGAUGGGCUCAGCGGGGCCGGGCUGCUCGGGAGCAGCUCCUCCCUCUCGCUAUUUAUUGCUGCGCGGAGCUCCGCGGCUGAAUCACCUCGGAGCGAGCGGGCAGCGCUUUUCCAGCCGGCGGAUUUGAGGGGGCCGGCCGUGUUUUUCGGUGAGGGAGGGGCGUGUGGCCCUGCCCUGACGCUGUCCUUGUCCCCGCAGCCAUGGCCCGGCUCCUCGGCACCUCCUGCCUGCUGCUGCUGCUCCUCCUCGGCGUCUGCACCGAGCUGGCCUCCUCCAAGAAGGGCAAAGGCAAACCCGGCUGGGGCACGGGGAGCCGCCAGCCCAGCUACCCCCGCCAGCCCGGCUACCCCCAAAACCCCGGCUACCCCCACAACCCCGGCUACCCCCACAACCCCGGCUACCCCCACAACCCCGGCUACCCGGGCUGGGGCCAGGGCUACAACCCGUCCAGCGGAGGGACUUACCACCAAAAACCGUGGAAGGCGCCUAAACCCAAGACCAACUUCAAGCACGUGGCGGGCGCGGCGGCGGCGGGCGCCGUGGUGGGGGGCUUGGGGGGCUACGCCAUGGGCAGGGUGAUGUCGGGGAUGCACUACAGCUUCGACAGCCCCGACGAGUACCGCUGGUGGAACCAGAACGCCGCGCGCUACCCCAACCAGGUCUACUACCGCGACUACCGCGACCAGCGCGGCCCGGUGCCGCAGGACGUCUUCGUGGCCGACUGCUUCAACAUCACCGUCACCGAGCACAACAUCGGCCCCGCCGCCAGGAAGAACGCCUCGGAGGCCGGCGCGGCCCUCAACCAGACGGAGGCCGAGCUGGAGACGCGCGUGGUGACCAAGGUGAUCCGCGAGAUGUGCAUCCAGCAGUACCAGGAGUACCGGCUGGCCUCGGGCGUGCGGCGGCGCCUGGCCGACGCCUCGCUGCCCGCCCUGCUGCUCCUCGUCCUCUUCGCCCUGCACUAAGAGCGCCCCGCGCCUUCCUGGUGUCACCCGUGUCCCCCCGCGGGGUCCCCCCGCUCUCGGUUGGUUUUGGUGAGGAAGCCCCCUGGGCGCUCGCCGGCGCCUCCGGUUUAGGCGACGGGAUGAAAAUUUUGCUUUUCUGCCCCAAACGCGGAGAGCCCAGAGCCGCGGCCUUCGCCUCCUCCUCCUCCUCGGGGCCAUCCCCGAGAGGGACCGGGCAGAGGGGGAGCUCUCCUUGGCAGGAGCUUUUCCAAAAAUCCUCUUGGUUAACGGGCAGGGUUUUAUCUCAGCCCCCGGGGGUCUCAGAGGGGGUUUUUCAAGCUGCCAGGUUGCAAUUUGAACCGUUCCAUCCUAAAAAAAAAAAAAGCCCCUUCCCCUUGUACAUAAGGAGCUGCCACUCCGCACCCUGCAUGCUGCAAAACCCCCCUGCAGCAACACACCAAAAUAAAGUCGUUUUUUACUCCCUGCCACAGCCAGGCUGAGGCACCAGUCGGUCUUUAGAGGCAGAAAGUGCUGCUGAAUGCCCUAAACACCCCCAAAAAUGGUGUUACAGCCCGGGAAAAAGCUAGUUUGGACGCUCCAGGUGACGAGUCGUGUUCGUGCUUCAGCACCUGGGCCUAAAGGACGUUCAAAUGCAGCACAAAGGAUUUCUCAGGGGGGGUCGGGCACGUAGCAAGAGACUGAAACCAGCUAAAGCACGCCGGUACAGCAAACAGCAUCGGGAAAAACGGGCCUGGGAAGGGAGAUGCUUUCCAAAAAAAGUCACAUUUGUGAGUAAUUCCUUUGCCCUGUGGAAGCAACGGGUGAAAUUCUUGCUUCUCGUGUGGAUGCUGGGCUGGGGACGAGCUGUAACACCCGCGGCGCUGCGUUUAAUAUCUCUCGUGUAUUUUAUUUUUGCAAGGCACUGAAUAACACUGUCCUAAAUGAGAUUUUUUUGUUGUUGUUGUUCCCCUUUUUGCAUCGGUGUAAGCUAAGUGAAGAUAUAUAUUAUAUAUAUAAAUAUAAAUAGCUAUAAAGAGAGAGCAAAGAAGCCUUUCAGGACAGCCACCGGAGAAGCAGGGCUUUGAGGUGCCCCGUCCUUUCGCGGAUGUUUUGUAACCCUGUCACGCUGCAUGCCCGCCCGGGAUUUGCCGUGCUGAGCCUUUUCUAAGUGUUCCACGUCUGGUACAAAUUAAAACGGAUCAAGCCAAGGUGCCCGGCAGCCUCCUUUGUGUGCCAGCCCCCGCGGCAUUUCCCGCAUUUCUGCAUUUCCCGAAUUUCUGCAUUUCCCGAAUUUUCUGCAUUUCCGCCCUCCCCCGUCCCCUCUCCCCGGCCUGAAGGAGAUUUUGUUCCCUUCCAGCACCAAAUCUGGCCCAAUCCCCACAGCCCCAGUUUUCUCCCCCUCUGCUCCCACCGAUGGCACCGCUGCAGUCUGAGAGGAGUUUUCUAAUUUCUGUCUAAUUCCAGUUUCUGUUCUAAUAAAGGAGUUUUUACA